GAAUAUUGAUGUGCAAUGUCAUCUGUAUUUACAUUAUCUAUUUGAUAUGGAUUUUUCACAGGAAGCCAUUCCUUUUGGACUUUAAUGAGACAGGCAAGUCCCUGAAAGUCCAGGCAGAGCACCCCCACCUGGUUAGUUUGGGAAGUGGACGUUUGAGCACAGCUAUCACGUUGCUGCCACUGCUGGAAGGGAGGAACACGCUGGGCAGCGGGGCCACAGACAUACCUGUGCAGGGCCUGGGCAUCGCAGAUCAGCACUGCUACAUCGAAAACCAAGCAGGCAGCAUCACGUUGCACCCAUGUGGAAGCCAGUGCUCUGUCGAUGGCCUUUCCAUCACCAAACCCUAUCGCCUGACUCAAGGGUGCAUGCUGUGUUUCGGUCAGUCUGUCUUUUUCCGCUUCAACCAUCCAGAGGAGGCCCUGCGGAUGAAGAGCAUGCUGCCUGGAGGAAGCCAAGGACCUAACACCACGAGAACUCAUAUUACAGAUUCUCCCAGUGUCCUGAACGGGAACCAUCAGUCUUAUUCGAGCAAUGGCGACUCCAAAAUCAACAACAAAGCAAAGAAUCUCCAGGACUCAUCGGGGCUGAAGGCUGGAUCUAGUAACCAGCCUUUUCAUGAGCCCUCUCCUCCGAGGAUGCUCAAUGGGAGAAACGAAGAGGAGUCCAUUUAUGAGAACAGCAGCAGCUUUCAGGGCCAGAACCUCGGUAGCAAAACUCCUCCAGUACCUAGGCGUUCCCCUCACACCAACUACACUCCUGUCCCCCAUCCACGGACCACACUCUCUGUGGCCUCAAGCGGUUCUAGUGGUGGUCAGAGGGCCCAGGAAAGCCCAAAGCUUCGUAGGAACUUAAGAGCCGAGGCCACAUCAAGCCCAACACCUCUGAGCAAGGGGUCCGGGCAGGGCGCAGAGAACUAUAGCCACAAACCAUCCCCCAUAAAGCUUUCCUCAACAGCUCCAUCCAGCCCUCGAGUGCGAGGCUCCUCCCUACAGAAGAGAUCCCCCAGUCCCAGGCGAGAUCAACACCUCUCUAAUGUGGAAGUCCCUCAGAGAUUGAGGACCCCGGAGCCGAUUGGUUCCAACAGCUUGAGAGAACUUCCUCCUCUCAGUCCUUAUAUGUCCAGCAGGGGUACUCAAGGAUCGCAGGGCUCCACUUCAACCCUUGCAUUACAGGGCCACCUCAAACUCGCAUCUAAUUCGAAAGCAGAAGCCAUGCGGGCCAUGUAUGCCCAGGGUCCAAUGUCCCUCUCUGGGCUGGAGAAGGAGCCGGGAGGAAAACAGUUAAGGUCCGGCCCGGGAAGUGCCAUCGUGUCAGGCCUGGGUUCUCUGUCGGGAUCUCCUCUCACUAGCCCUCGUAGCCAAAGAAAGACUUCCUGCAUGACUAUGAGGGAGCAGAGUCUCAUGAAACCAUAUACCCGGGAACGCAAAAACAGCAUCUCUGAGAUAAGUGACAAUGAGGACGAGUUGCUGGAAUACCACCGAUGGCAGAGAGAGGAGAGGAUGCGUGAGCAGGAAAUGGAGAAACAGGAGCGACAGAGGCUGGAGACCAUCCUCCAUCUGUGUGCAGACUAUAACUACGAGGACAGUGCUGCAGAGCUGGCAGAGGUGGUGAGGAGUGGGCUACUGGGGAGCGAUAGAGGACCCUCCAAAACAGCAGGGGGGCUGACCAUUCAGGAAGUAGACAGACCCCAGAGGGUGAGGGAGAACGAUGAGGAAACCCAGAGAGAGGAGUCCAGCAGCACAGAGAGCACACAUCAAGAGUGUGAAGAUCUGUUCGCUGGUCAGGAGCACGUGUACCUGGAGGAGGAGAGGAGCAGGAUCCUGGCCAGAGUUGAUGACUUGAAGCACAGAGUCACUGAACUGGAGCUGCAGCUACAAGAGACCAAACAGGAGGUGGAGAUGGAGCAAGCCCUGCUGCAGGCGGAGAAGCGGGCCGAGCAUGAGCAGGUGGAGGCUGAAAAUGAUAUCAUCUCUAAGCUGCAGCUCAAGCUCAGCCAGCUGGACAAGGCCACCCAGAAGGAAAAGGACAAGGGGAGGGCUAAUGUGUCGGCUGAGAGGAAGGCCCUGGAAAAGCAGAGGAAUGAGUACAAUGAGCUGAAGAGGCAGAUUGAUAAGUGCCCCUUGUCUCUAAGGGAACAGUUACAGGAGCAGCUCAGCAGGGUCAGUGUUCUCACGCAGCCCACUGUCUGGCAACUGUGA